AUGACGCACGGCCGGCAGCCACACGGCUGCCUCCUACCCGCCCUGCUGACCACCCGCUCUGCUCGAGGCGGACGCUUCGGGCAAGGCGCGGAGGCAAGGAGGCGGCACAGCAGAGGUGUAGAGCGGUGUGGAAUGGAGGCGGCACUUCAGUCGAGGAGGUGGCACUUCAGUCGAGUAGGCGCCACUUCAGUCGAGGAGGCGGCACGUCCGGCAAGGGGUGAGGCGGAGGAACGUGAGGGAGUGGUUGAUGGGUUGGACGAGGGGAUGCAUGACUGGGAUGCUCAAGGAGGGGGGAGCGGCAGCAUGGAGGUGAGCAUUCGAGGAGGCGGCACUUCAGUCCCCAAGCCGGCGCUCCAGUUUCCAGGAGCAGUCGCCUCUGCUUUUCUCUGGUAA